GCUGACUACUUACGCACAGUCCCGGUUCUUCCCGUCGUCCGGUGGAUUGCCUUUUCAUAUGACUUCAGAAAACUCCACCACGCACCAGAAAUCAGAAGAAGGUAAUCAAUCGAAGCAUCUAUCCGUCAAUUCUAGAAAGGUCACAAUCCCUUUCAAAAGCCUACCUAGAACAUUCCAUCUCGCGGCAUGCAUCCGUUUGCUUUGAUUGAGUCCUGGUUAUUGGCAAGACUGAAAUGGCUCGUUCACCCAGAAUACAUUUAUUUCCACAUCCCCUGAACUCAGUUUCACUCAUUAUCAACAUAAAUUACUACUAUUUGGCCUGAUUCGUGUGUCAAUAUCUUCUUAUCCCAAUUCCUAGAGAUCCUCUAUCUCACUCAAUUCAUUUCUCAAGCGCCGAAAUAGCAUCACGCAGUUAUUUGAGAAAAAUGGCUACUCUUCGCAGGUCCAAGACAAUGCCGACAGACGGUCCAACCGCAAAAUUUCUCUACACGAUUCUGAAGCAGCUUGAUCUCAAAUCGAUUGAUUGGAGUGCUGUUGCGAGCCAGCUGGAAAUUACCAAUGGCCACGCCGCGCGCAUGCGCUUCUCCCGGUUCAAGCAGCAUAUGGAGGGCGUGGUACCAUCUCCAAGACGUCGCGCGAGCCCAAAGCCGAAGAAGGUCAAGACAAAUCCGGACAAGGAAAAGAGUGUCGUCAAGAAGCACGAAUAUGACGAGAUGAACGGUCAGACGGACGAUGCUGAAUGCGCUCCUGCGCGAGCUAUUCCAUUCAUCAAACACGAACGUGUUGAUGAUAUUCCCCCUUCGAACCUCUACAGUAUCGACACUACCCCUUCUCUCACUCAUGGCCUGGUGCAACCCACUGUCAGCGAUCACCAUAUGAUGGGAAUGGAUAUGGGAAUGAUGUCGGUUAUGCCAAUCCCGCAACAGCAUCAAGUGGCGCCCGAGAUGAUGCCGGACCGAAAAGAUUUUGGGCCCUUUGCUGGAGUUUACCCACCCGCUGAGAGUGUCAUUCCCGUUCGGGUCAAGGUCGAGCCACGAUGGGACGAGGAGUAGCUGCUUUAUAGUCAGCACCGUAUCUCAAGGGAAUUUCAUUAUGGAAGUUUUUCCGUCAAGGUUCGAACUCGGAGCAAAUAUAAUGUUAGGUUAGCAUUAGUAUCAUUAUUAGUCACUGUGCUUGAAAAUCAUAAAAAAAUUGCGUUUGAAAGGCAU